GAGCUGGUGGGUUGCAAUCCUUCCAAAGGGAUUCGACCAGAGAAACAGUGCCUGCCUUCCCCAGGGCCAUUUUCAGUUGUUGGAAUAGCAUCUUGUAUCAGACUGAUAAUGGGUACUCGCUAGACCUCUCGCCUUUCCAAGAAGAUCCCGUUGAUCAUUGAGCCCGGUAGCUCUACCUCCUCACCUUUCACAAAAUCAGAGCAUUCAAUAUCGUCCUUGCAUUGAGAAGUUCUCCUUCGGGCUUUAACCGCUUUGGCUCUUCCUAUCCCCUCAAGACACCAUUCCGGGGGAAACGAGGUAGCAGGAUAAUUAAACCUAGCUGCAGGCACAGCUUCUGUUUAGUAUACCAUCUUGUUUCACCGAUCAAUCGUUGCUUCACACAAUGGCGUCUUCCGAGUCUCCCGAGUACCAGACGAAGAUGCAGAAGUUGGGUGCCGGCCUCAAGAAGGUCCUUGGCCUCAAGGAUGAAUACCCUGUUCCCACAGACCCCGUGACCCGAGGAGAGUCGACCAUCUCUGUGCAGUCAGCAGAGAUGUACUUCGACCAGGACCCGACAACGAUGGAGUACUUCCGCGAGCUCACCCCCAGCGGCGAGGAUGUGGUCAGGUACCUGACCAGUCUGUUCCCGUUCCUUAACUGGAUCAGCAGAUAUAACCUCCAAUGGCUGGUCGGUGAUCUUGUUGCCGGUAAGUACUCCAACAAGGACCAUUAUCAAAGUCUAUGCAUCACUAAUAAACGACCAUAGGCUUGACUGUCGGUGUCGUCGUCGUUCCUCAGGGUAUGGCCUAUGCCAAACUCGCUCAGCUUCCUGUCCAGUUUGGCCUGUACUCCUCCUUCAUGGGCCCCUUGCUCUACUGGCUCUUUGCUACUUCCAAGGAUAUCGCUAUUGGUGUAUGUAUAUCCAGUCAUGAUAUGUUAUAUAGCCGGAAACUGACGAAUUGCAUAGCCUGUUGCCGUUGUCUCGACCCUGGUUGGCCAUAUCAUCGACAAGGCAAAGGUUGAACAUCCCGAUGUUCCCCCAGAGGUUGUGGCGUCGGCCAUUGGUAUUGUUGCUGGCGGUAUCAUUGCCUUUAUUGGUUUGAUCCGAUGCGGCUGGAUCGUUGACUUCAUUCCACUCACGGCCAUCUCUGCUUUCAUGACUGGGUCCGCCCUUAGCAUUGCUUCUGGCCAAGUACCAUCUCUGCUCGGGCUCAGUGGCUUCAACACCCGAGGUACUACCUAUGAAGUCAUCAUCGGUUCUCUCAAGCAUUUGCCGAGUGCUAAGAUCGACGCUGCUAUGGGACUCACUGCCCUUUUUCUCCUUUACUUCAUUCGAUCGGGGUGCGCCUACAUGGCUAAGCGUCAUCCUUCUAAGGCGAAGGUCUACUUUUUUGCUUCUACGCUGCGCGCAGUCUUCGUCAUCCUUCUCUACACCUUCGUCAGCUUCUUAGUUAACCGAAACCACCGAAUGAAGCCAAUUUUCAAGAUCUUGGGCGUUGUUCCACGAGGUAAGUAGCAAUUGGAACGGAGAUGUUGAAAGCUAUCAUAAAACUAACAUAUCUGAUAGGCUUCCAAAAUGCUGGUGUCCCUGUCCUUAACUCACGCGUUCUGAGCACAUUCUCUGGUGAAAUCCCAGCUUCUGUCAUUGUCUUGCUGCUUGAGCACAUUGCCAUCUCCAAGUCGUUCGGUCGAAUUAAUAACUACACCAUUAACCCCUCCCAAGAACUCGUCGCCAUUGGUGCCAGUAAUAUGCUUGGUCCAUUCCUCGGAGGGUACCCGGCUACCGGUUCUUUCUCCCGUACUGCUAUUGCCUCUAAGGCCGGAAUUAGAACUCCAUUUGGUGGUGUUUUCACUGCUAUGGUUGUUCUCCUAGCUAUUUAUGCCCUUCCAGCUGUUUUCUUCUAUAUCCCUAACUCUUCACUCUCCGCCGUUAUCAUCCACGCUGUUGGCGAUCUAAUUACUCCUCCAAACGUUGUCUACCAGUUCUGGAAAGUCUCUCCGCUUGAGGUUAUCGUCUUCCUUGUUGGUGUCUUCGUUUCUGUCUUCUCCACCAUCGAGAACGGGAUCUAUGCUACCGUUGCUUUCUCCUUGGCUAUUCUCCUGUUCCGCCUUGUUAAGGCGAAAGGUGAAUUUCUUGGACGGGUCAAAGUCAACUCCGUCCUCGGCGACCAUGUCCUGGAUAAUGACGGAAAGUAUGGCACUUUUGAUGACAACUCGGGCAUCCCUGGAGGAUCGAGCAGUCGCAACAUCUUCCUUCCUCUCAGCCACCGCGAUGGUUCUAACCCUGAUGUUCAGGUUGAACAUGCUCUGCCUGGUAUCUUCAUUUACAAGUUCUCUGAAGGAUUCAACUACCCUAAUUCCAACAGUUAUCUUGAUGAUUUCGUCGCUCAUAUUUUGGCCAAGACUCGUCGCACUAACCAGAAUGCAUAUGAGCGUAUGGGUGACAGACCAUGGAAUAACCCUGGACCCAAGCGCGGCGAGACCGAGGCUUCGACUGCCGAUCUGCCAACCCUCAAAGCUGUCAUAAUGGACUUCUCCUCUGUUAACAAUGUCGAUGUCACCUCCGUCCAGAACUUGGUUGAUGUCAGAGAGCAGCUCGACCGACAUGCCGCCCCAGAUGUUGUCCAGUGGCACUUUGCCCAUGUCAACAACAGAUGGACUAGACGUGCUCUUGCUGCUGCUGGUUUCGGCUACCCCACCUCCCCUGUAGGGGCUGAGAUCGCAGUUCCACGCUGGAAACCAGUUUUCAGCGUCGCCAGCAUCGAUGGAUCAAACAGCUCCACCGGCUCACUAGAAUUGGACCCCAAGCACUCCAGCAGGAUCCAUGACGAAGAGAUUGGAACCAUCACGCCAGCCUCACAAGCACCCACCGAACAGGUGGAGAUAUGCAAGGAUGGCGUUUACCACAAGGAGAUUGAGAAAGUUAGCGGCUCUCGAGGUGCUGUUGUGAACAGCAUGAACCGCCCUAUGUUCCACGUCGAUCUAACCAGUGCUCUUCAAAGUGCUACUGCUAAUGCCCUGCAAUGACACCUAUUUGCUGUAUAAAAGUCGUCACACGAAUACGUUGAUAGAGUUUCGUGUUUGAACGACAUUUCGUGUCCUGUUUCUGCUUCUUUUUGUCUAUAUUACAUCUACUCUCUUGUCGCUUGGUGGGUUCUUUUCCCUCUGAUUUUGGAUUAGGUACUUUUUUUACUGUGUUUUAUUUGUCUGGAAAUACCUCUCAGCGAUUACAUGAGGAUUUUGGAGUUAGCCUGGUGCCUUCGAGGACACUUAAUUUAGCCUCGACUCCCCUACUUAUAUAUAAUGUGGGGCACAAAAUAUAUAUCUAU